AUGCCACCGGGUUAAUUGUAAAUCAUUAUUUGAUAAAAUUUAGGCAAAAGAACAAACAAUAAUAAAGAUCUGUGCUGACACCUUAAAAAUUAGAAUUAUUAAACGAGAAUCGUAAGCUACUUAGCCACAUUUUCAAUAUGGGAAAUUCGCAUGCAUAGCACAAUCUGCAUAGAGCUAUGCUUAGGUAAUUAUUUUGUAUAAUAAUCUUGAUAGAAUGAGAGCAGCAAUGAUUGAGAAAAAAAUUGACGUCUCUAAGAUAUCCAAAAAAAUUAAAGGAAAAAUUGUUUCUUAACUAUUGAGAUAUGAAAGCCAUACAUCUCUUCAUGAAGCAUUUUUUAGGUAUAAUAAUUAAUUAUCAGUAAGAUGGAAAGUGCGAGCUGACCCUGAAAUCGUUAAGAAAGCAGUUGAUUAGAUUCUACUCAACUCUAGAUUAAACGAAUUCAAUGCUUUUCAUAAGUUGAAAAAUCUUAUAGGGUAUGAAUUAUAAGAUGUGUUUUAGUUUAAAAGAUCCUUAGAAAAAAAUGAAUGCCAAAAAAAGAAAAAAUAUGUGCUUAAUUAAUUUAGCACUUUUCCUUUAAAAGAAAGACUUUUAACUAAAAACUGCAGCUAUCUCUGCCUUAAAACCUAAAAAUUAAGAUUCAGAUAAAAUGUUAGGUUUGCUUUUAUGGAGUAUCAGUUCUAAACAUAGAGAAAGAUAUUUAAGAGAGAAAUUUAAUUGGUGGAGACUAUUUACAAAGGUAAAAUCUGAUAAAUUGUAAAAAUAAUUGAAAGCUUUAGAGAGAUUAGGAGAUGAGUAUAAUAUGAGAAAUGAUCGAUUAGAUAGAUAAAGACUUAAAGAGGUAUGAAUAUAAGAUUAUUGAUAGGCUUUUGAAAAAUGGAGAGGAGAUUUAAUGAAUUUUAGACUCAAAAAAAAGUUCUUUUCGGUAUUAUUAAAGACAACAUUUGGUCGAUUAUAAAGAUGUUAUACAAGAUGGGUUGAUCUGCCUGACAAAAGGGAAAAUGACAUGAAGAAAUAAGGAAUGUUAUUAAUAACUAAAUUAUCAAAUAAAGCUGACUAAAAUAAACGAAUAGUUUGGAAUUCUUUUAAGACCAUUGAUGAUGAUGCCAAAAAUAAGAAAACCAAAGUCAUCAGAGAAUUAAUUGAAGUUACUUUUAAUCAAUCCUAUACAGCUUUUUAUAAAUGGGCAAAUUAUAAUACGUAUGCCAAACUAACUGAAACCAACUUAAAAAAAAUUAAAGCCUUAUAAGCUAGUGCAAAUGUGACUUAAUAGUUAGUAAAGUUGGAAACAUUUAAACUAUUCGGAUUAAGUUAAAAAGCUGAAAUAUGUUCAUUUCUAAAUAAAUUAAUAUUAAAGAUACAAUAAAGACAAAAAAUGGAUGCUUUAAGAUAAAUAGAAAACGUGUCUAUGUAAAAAAAAAUGCAGGAGAAAUUAGAUAACAUAAAUAAAUAAGAAAUUAUUUCAAGAUUAGGAGAUACAGCCAAUAAAACAGAAAAAGGAUUGCUUAGAUAAGUAUUAAGAAAAUUUGCAUUAAUGAGAGAACAAUCAGAAAUUAAGAAUAAAUAUUUUGGUAGAAUUAUUUUAACAACAAGCGGAAUGGCUAUGGAUGCAUUUCGUAGAUGGAAAUAGUUACCUGACCCUUCUGAAUAACAAAUGCUACAAAAUGUUUCAAAAUUCUAACUUAGACUUCAAUUCCUUUUUAAAUAGAGAGUAAAAUAAUCUUUUGAUCCAUUAAAAGAAGUGUAUUAUUAAGGUACCUAAUGUAAAAGAUUGUGUGUUAAAUAAAUGUUGGUUAAAUAAUUAAGUGCCCCAUAAAGAUUUUUACGUUAAUGGUAAUCUAUGAACAAAAUUUAUAAAUCUGUUAUAGCUUGUUAAAAAACAAAUAACUUUUUUGAUUCUUUAUAAGAAGUUUUGAGAAAUAACAUUAGAGCAUUUUUAUAUACAAGAAAGGAUGCAGAGGUUAAAGAAAAGUGUUUAGUAAAGUUAAUGUCUUCAUUUACAAAUAAUUUGAUGAUAGCAUUUCUGAAAUGGAAAAAUUACAAUAAAUAAUAAAAGAUUUCAGAAAAAUUGGGAGAUGAAAAAAAAAGAUUUAUGUUAAUUAACCUUCAAAGAUUUAUUAAUAAUGAUAAUUUGAAUAGAUUAAGAAGGAUUUUAAGGCUCUUCUACAAUGAGUAACAAGUAAAUUAGUUGAUUAAGAAAAUACAUCUUCGAGUUCUUCAAACAUAAAUAGGAUAAGUUGAAUCAUCGUUUUAAAAAUGGAAGUCAUUACCUGGAGAUGACGCUUUGAAAAAUUAGGCUAAAGUAAGUAAAUUUGCUAUUUCUCUUGGUAAAAUUACUUAUAGAUUUAUUAAAUUAAACUCUUGGGAUUAACUAGAAAAUCAAUUAUUGGAUGGGUAGGCCAAAAAAAAAUUUUGCAUCAAUAAAAUAAUUGCUGUUACCCAAAGUGACUUAAAAAAAGCAUUUUUAUUGUGGCAUCGAAAAGCUUGGGAGAUGAAAAUGUUUGAUAAGUUUUCUUAACUUAAUGUUACUUUAAAUGAUUAGAUAGUCAAAUAAAAAUUGAUUGGAUGGAUAAAUGCAGGAUCGAAAGUUAAGUUUCAUGCAUUAACUGAAGUAUUAAGAAGAUUUAAUAAAAAUGCUAUUGAAUAAAAUCUCAAAAGAAAAGCUCUUUCAAUUAUAAAUAGAAAUACAAUAUCUUAAGUUUGGCUGUCAUUUAAUAGAUGGAAGUAAUUGCCAGAAGAUAAUAAUCAACUUUAAGUUAAAGCAAGUGUGUUUGAAAAAUCACUAAAUAAAUUUAUAAUUCAUAUUGCAAGAAAAUGCACAUGGAAUCCAUUAUAAGAAGCAUACGAUGAUGCUUUGGCUAUUAAGAAAAGAGCAGUUUUACUAAUGAUAAAAACUUAAGAAUCAGAAUAAUAAAGAACAUUGGAUUAAUGGAAUAAAAAUGUUUAAUUAAUUAAAGAAGUUGAGAAAUGUAAAUUUGUUAUCAAUCUUUUUGGAUUUUUAGGAUUGCAUAUUAAAAAUAAUAUUGCACCUUUGAAACCAGAUGAAGAAUCAUAAAAGAAAGAAAAAGCAUUGCUUAGACUUAUUGGUAACUUCGAUAGCAACUUAAGAUAUUUCUUUAUGAAAUGGUAUAAUGAUGGAAAAUUGUUGAAAUUGUAGGGAGCUAUGAAUGAAGAGAAGAAGAAAUUGUUAUUAGAAGCUAUUAAUAAUUUCUCAAAGAAUAACGACUUUGCAAAAUUGAGGGCAAUACUUGCUAAAUUCAAAAGAAAUUCAAGCGUCACUGCCGUUCAAGAUAGAUUCUUUGCUAAAUUGUUUGCAACAUAAUUUGGAGGUGCUAUUGUAGCUUUCUAAAAAUGGAAGAAUUUACCUGAACCAGUCAACACUGAAUAAUUAAAGAAUGCAAGAAAAUUUGAGAGAAAAUUAGACAUUCUUUUCCACACUCACUUAAAGGUGUCAUUUGACCCAUUAAAAGAAGAUUAUAUGGAUGCUUAAAAUAUAAAGAGAAUGUGUUUAAGAAAGAUUUUUGAAAAGGGUAUGAGUGCUCAUAAAAGAUUAUUCUUACUUUGGGCAUAAUAAAAUAGAUAAGCUAAAUAAAUUGAAUUGUGCAAAUUAACUACAAGUUUAUUUGUUGGUUUAGCUUAAAUUGUAACUGCAAAUGUUUAACCAAUCAUGUAAAAUCCUCGAGAAGCAUAAGCUAAAGAAAAAGCUCUUCAUUUGAUAUUCCAAGGUUAAGCUGAAAACUUAAGCAGAGCAUUCUUUUUGUGGAGAAAUAAAACUUAAUAAGAUAGAAUGCAUUAGAACUUUGAAGAUGCUUUAACAGUUGAAAAGAAAAAACAAUUGACAGAAUAAUUAGUAUAAUUUGAACAUGGCAAUAAAUUCGCUCUGUAUAGAGCAAUUUUAGCUAAAUUCUCGUUAGCUCAUAAGAAAGAGAGAUUGAUUCUUUAAAUUAAUGCAAGAAUUUUAAGAACUUAAAUAGGAGCAGUUUGGGAUACAUUUAACAAAUGGAAGAAUCUACCUGAGGCUAAUGCUGAAGAAUUAGUUAAAGCAAGCAAAUUUGAAGCAUAAUUAAAUAAAUUUGCUCUUCAUAUAUGGAGGAAGAGAACCUGGAACCCUCUUCAAGAAGUUUAUGAUGAUGCACAAGCUUUAAAGAAGAGAGCCAUAAUUUUAAUGAUCAAGACACAAGAAUCAGAAUAAUAAAGAGCAUUGGACUAAUGGAACAAGAAUGUUGGUUUAAUUAAGGAAGUAGAAAGAUGUAAAUGCGUCAUAGGAUUGUUUGGAUUUAUAGGUUUACAUAUUAAAAAUAAUAUUGCACCUUUGAAACCAGAUGAAGAAUCACAAAAGAAAGAAAAAGCAUUGCUUAGACUUAUUGGUAACUUCGAUAGCAACUUAAGAUAUUUCUUUAUGAAAUGGUAUAAUGAUGGAAAAUUGUUGAAAUUGUAGGGAGCUAUGAAUGAAGAGAAGAAGAAAUUGUUAUUAGAAGCUAUUAAUAAUUUCUCAAAGAAUAACGACUUUGCAAAAUUGAGGGCAAUACUUGCUAAAUUCAAAAGAAAUUCAAGCGUCACUGCCGUUCAAGAUAGAUUCUUUGCUAAAUUGUUUGCAACAUAAUUUGGAGGUGCUAUUGUAGCUUUCUAAAAAUGGAAGAAUUUACCUGAACCAGUCAACACUGAAUAAUUAAAGAAUGCAAGAAAAUUUGAGAGAAAAUUAGACAUUCUUUUCCACACUCACUUAAAGGUGUCAUUUGACCCAUUAAAAGAAGAUUAUAUGGAUGCUUAAAAUAUAAAGAGAAUGUGUUUAAGAAAGAUUUUUGAAAAGGGUAUGAGUGCUCAUAAAAGAUUAUUCUUACUUUGGGCAUAAUAAAAUAGAUAAGCUAAAUAAAUUGAAUUGUGCAAAUUAACUACAAGUUUAUUUGUUGGUUUAGCUUAAAUUGUAACUGCAAAUGUUUAACCAAUCAUGUAAAAUCCUCGAGAAGCAUAAGCUAAAGAAAAAGCUCUUCAUUUGAUAUUCCAAGGUUAAGCUGAAAACUUAAGCAGAGCAUUCUUUUUGUGGAGAAAUAAAACUUAAUAAGAUAGAAUGCAUUAGAACUUUGAAGAUGCUUUAACAGUUGAAAAGAAAAAACAAUUGACAGAAUAAUUAGUAUAAUUUGAACAUGGCAAUAAAUUCGCUCUGUAUAGAGCAAUUUUAGCUAAAUUCUCGUUAGCUCAUAAGAAAGAGAGAUUGAUUCUUUAAAUUAAUGCAAGAAUUUUAAGAACUUAAAUAGGAGCAGUUUGGGAUACAUUUAACAAAUGGAAGAAUCUACCUGAGGCUAAUGCUGAAGAAUUAGUUAAAGCAAGCAAAUUUGAAGCAUAAUUAAAUAAAUUUGCUCUUCAUAUAUGGAGGAAGAGAACCUGGAACCCUCUUCAAGAAGUUUAUGAUGAUGCACAAGCUUUAAAGAAGAGAGCCAUAAUUUUAAUGAUCAAGACACAAGAAUCAGAAUAAUAAAGAGCAUUGGACUAAUGGAACAAGAAUGUUGGUUUAAUUAAGGAAGUAGAAAGAUGUAAAUGCGUCAUAGGAUUGUUUGGAUUUAUAGGUUUACAUAUUAAAAAUAAUAUUGCACCUUUGAAACCAGAUGAAGAAUCAUAAAAGAAAGAAAAAGCAUUGCUUAGACUUAUUGGUAACUUCGAUAGCAACUUAAGAUAUUUCUUUAUGA